CCACGGUGGAGGCCAGGGCCGGGUGUUUGCACAGGGACGCACUGUUCCAGCCUGGUGCCAAGAAUGCUUCGGAAGCUGGAAAUCCAGAAGGAGGAAGAUCUGCAGUCAGUAUGUGAAGUGGCUGCCCACGUGUUCAGUGAUGGAGUAACAAACUGGGGUCGAGUGGUGACGCUCAUCUCAUUUGGUGCCUUUGUUGCAAAACACCUGAAAAGCAUAAACCAGGAGAAGUGCAUCAGCUCGCUGGCAGGGAUCAUCACGGACGCGCUCGUCUCAUCUAAGCGCGAGUGGCUAAUGAGCCAGGGAGGCUGGGAGGGCUUUGUUGAAUUCUUUCGAGUCGAGGACCUAGAAGGCAGCAUCAGAAAUGUACUGAUGGCGUUUGCAGGUGUGGCUGGACUGGGAGCAAGCUUGGCCUACAUGAUCCGGUGAGCCAGGGUAUGCUGCAGAGGGACAAAACUCUGGGUGGACCGGCUCUGUUUGGGGCUGGUGAGCUGAUCACUUCCUCCUGUGAGUACUUAUGAAGCUGGACUUGAGUGACCCAGGGAGAAUAUCUAGGCAUCUUCUUGAGCAAUCCUUUCCUAAGAAGGAAGGUGUGAUCCGGUCAGAUUGUGGGUACCAAUGAGGAUUGAUUGCUUUGGGAACAGAAAGUGGAAGAAUUUAUAUUCUGCUUCCUUCAAGAGGAUGAUGACAGAAAGCUCAAGUGGACUGCUUCAGUUUUAUCCCGGAGGGAACCGAUCUGCUUAGCAGCAAGCCAGUGAGCACCAGCAGCUCUUGUCUGGACUGAAGCCUCCUGGGCUUGGCACAGCAGCUGUGUGUGGAGCAGAUGUUUUAGGGUUGUGGUUGUGGGUUUCUGGAAAUAGCAUCUUCUGCUGCUGGUGUCCUGCCUAAACUUGUGGCUUUUCUGUUGGAGCAGAAGCAUUGAAUGCCGGGUGUUGUGCGAGCCUGCGCCUGCCCCCAGGUGUGCUGGUGAGCAGGCCUUCAGCUGCUGCCGGCUCUGCACGCAUCCGCCCUCCAGAAGUGGUAGAGCUGCGCCAGCAGCCAAGACGUGCCACCUGCUGCCAGAACAUGGGGUGCUGGAGCCCUGCAUGGCCUCUUCCCUCCCAGCAGGGCUUCAGCCAGGUCACUGAGCAGGCAGGGGAGCAUCGGGGGGCAGGAGGGGUGCGGCGGGGCUCAGGGCAGUAACCACAGCCAGCUGCGGUGCGGCUGCAUUGGCCUGUCUGGCUGAUCUCGGCUACACUGAUGCGACUCACCACACACAAGCAGUUUAAAAAUAAGGAGUGCAUUUGUAAGUAUGUAAAACCCCACAUGGGUUGGGGAGGCUGUAGAGAACCUGUAAAUAUCUAUAAAUCUGUAGAAUAUGUACAUUUUUACAGAGUUAAUGAUACAAAAUGGAGGAAUUUUCAGUGUGGUAGAACUGCUUAUGGGUGCACUGUACUUCAUUCCUCAUGUGAAGUAGCAUUUUUGUGGCGAAGCCUUCUCCUGCCUUGACUCCAAGUGAGCCUUUCUCUGAUGCACUUGAGCAACAUUGCCAGGGAGUGUAGCAAGGAUCAGUGGCCUGGUGGACUCUCAUUGUGCCCACGGCUUGCUGGCAACAGUUGAUGUUUCUGUUCAUUAUAAUCUUUUUGGUUAUUCUAGCCCUUCUAGCGGGUGGGGAGCUGUGGAAGUCGUAUCAGUUGCUUCCUUGUCUUCCUUUCAUUUUGAUGCUCUAAGCCAUGAGUCGAACGAAAAUGAUGUUUGAAUGUAAAUGUCCUGGAGCAGAAUAAAACUCGUCGGCUUGGAUCUGCAGCUUGUGCGAGUCCGUUGGUGCCGGCCCUGGCCUUGGUCCCUGGUCCCCAGCUGGUAGUGUUGCUUCUCAGUGGGCUUGCAGUGCUCGUCCGCCUUGUGCCCUCCGACCGUGGAUUGGUUGGUUCUUGGGGAGCUCUACUCUCUGGGACCCGGUCCUGCACAGCGAGGAACAUCCUCGUCCACGGUGCUCGACCUGCAGCCCGAGUGAUGCCCAAUGGAAACCCAAGUGGAGAGCUGAAAGAUGGUGCUAUUGUCAGACCUGCUUGUUUGCUGAACAAGCACUUAGUUUUGUCAAUAAAUGUCUUUGCUCAA